AUGCGUUCCAGUGGAUUCGACUAUCCAUUCCCGCCCCAGCCAAAUAUUCGUGAACUUGUUUCUGAAGGCUAUCGAAAUGUGAUUGUUGAGGAUCCAAGUCUAGAACAUGCCCCGGUAGAUACCAUUCGUAAACGACAUAUCGAAUGGGUUAAGGGACAGGGUUACUCCCGUCAUAUUGGUAGACCUCGAUUUGACUACUGCCUUUUUCUGGAUGACCGCUCUAUUCGGUCAAUUCUGGCAAGUUCAGAGCCAGAUGUAGUAUCUGGCUCUGGUCUGGUCGGAUACAUCAAUCUGAUUGAUUGUGAUUUUGACCCAAAUGACCCUGAAAAUGAAUGCUCAGAGUUUUAUGAUGGAUUACUCAGAAUUUGCCUGCAUGACAUCUUCUGUUUUGCCCUCUCUUGCGAAGAUCUCCAGACCGGAGAACAACAAUGGGGAGACUGGGGGAUAGAAAGUCCUGGGAACGUCAUUUAUACGGAUGGACAUUCUUCACUUAUCGAGAAGCAAGAUGUGUUUCUCUGUCCGUCCGAUUACAAUAUUUUUUCCCGCUCGUCCGAAUCCAAAUGGCCAAGAAAACCGACCGUUACGGAGUCUGAGUAUCUUGAACGUCAGAUUUCCAUCAAUAUGGAAAGUCAAGCCAACUAA